CGCAUUGAGCAUGCGUCACUCCAUAAUGGAGGACUGUCUUCACUACUCCGUGUGAAGAUGUUUGUAUUUGCCCAUCAGAACCUGUGACUACAGGAAGGACGUCUCUGCAGCUCUUCCGUGGCUGUAAGUUCUUCUGCACCCCCUUCAGUUGUUUAUGUUUUCAGUUUUCGUGUAGCGAACUGCAGGUACCUUUUAAUUGCUGCUUAAAUGAGAGCAGUAGGCAGCUAUUAGACCUCGGACCCUUGAUGCUAGCUGGUGCUCAUACUUGCCACAGCCGACUAUCUGUUAAACCUAGCACAUGUAACGCAAUGGUUGGUUACUUUAUUUGUAUUUGCUAAUAGGAGUGUGUGCGUGUGUGAGUGAGUGUGUGUCGUAAAUAAUCAGAGCCCCUGAGACCCCCCAAGCCACCAAGCACUUAGCACGUCGGCUAACGUGAAGCUGAAUACAUACUUUUUUUCCCCUGAUGAGCAGUGUUAUCACUGGGUCAUGGGAUGUGACGGAUACGCGUCUCAGCCAAUCACAGACUGAGGAUCCGAAGUUGGCUUCCGGUUACUGAGGAGACAGAGAGAGAAAACCACAGUUUCAGAUUUACGACACAUUUUUUCUACAUGUGAAGUUGUGAAAAUCAACAUUUACUGUUUUUUUAUUGAAUUUUUUCUAACCUCAUUUGAUUCACUAUGCCCGUGACACCUGCUUUGGGUUAUCACUGUGAAGCCACAGCCUUAAAAAAACUUGACUUGUAACUUGUAGAUUUAUGACUAUUUUUUAUUCAUGAAAUGGAAAACCAGAAACUGCAGUAGAUGAUCAAAACUUAAAUGUAGAGUUGUGUAUCUAUAACUCAAAAUAUAAGUGUAUGAAAAUGCAAAAAGGGGAGAUACCACUGUUUUUCUACCUUAACCACUGAGACCAGGUCCUGAUUCUGUUUCUGAAAAUGAAAAAUGGGAGAUGUCGUAUUAGUGUGUCAGUUUUCUGUUGAGGUUGCAUUUGACCAGGUUCUUUUGUGGAACCACUAGACCUCUAUCCUUAAGGUUUGAACUAUAUUAUUGCUAUGUGACUUAAAGGGGCAGUGCAAAGAAUGAGGCUAUUGAGUGACUCUAGAACAGUUUUUAUGAAACUUUGUACAGCAAUGGCACCUUUCAGUAGUGCAGACGUUGCCAUCAUCGUUGGCCUCACUGCAAAUAAUGACAAGAGGGAUUACAGAGAACUGAACCUGAACUUUGUUGACAAGAGUAAGUAGAACAAUGGAAAAACCAAGGAGCUGAUGGUAGAUUUCUGCAGGUGCAGACUAACUCCUCCUGCACUGGUGAAAAGUCAGGGGAGGGGCAUUGUGAUUGUGAACUCGUACAAGUACCUGGAGGACAGCUUAUUAAUAAUACAGCCAGAACAGGGGUAGCAGGAGUAAUGACAAUGAAUUGGGAGUCAUUCAGCUGCAGGAAAUCGAUCUGAUGAUGAUCUGAAAAUGUGUUUCUCACAGCCUCUGAAGUUGGUCUGUGUGUAUAGGCUGGGUUGAUUUUGUCUAAUAACACGUUUUUUAUAUAUUAUUGUUAUCGUUAAAAUGCAAUAACAUCAUCCCUUUGUCUCCUUUUAAUAUCAAACUAACAUUUCUAAGCUUGACAUUGUGUUUAUGAUAAUUGUGUUCAUAACUAUGAUGUUUAAUACUGUUUCAGUAACUUGUAAACCAUAAUGUAUAGGCUUUGAAAUAUUUCCUCCAUGCUCCCAUGCCAUCUCUAUUACAGAGUAGGACAAGAAAUCAGUGUAGGUGGUCUGUUUUCAAGAAGUGAAAACAGUUGAUCUAGAAUUAAUACUAAAUCAGUGAGAUACAGUCACACCUGUUACUAAAACUUUUCAUGGUUUUGCCCUUACUCUCCAGAGGUAUACCCAAAAGAGGAAUGUCACGAUGACCACCGACAAGCUAGUCGAAACUACAGAGUCCAGGAUAAUGAUCUUCACACCCUCCAUCGAGGAGUUCAAGGACUUCAGCUCGUACAUUGCCUACAUGGAGUCACAAGGGGCACACAAAGCUGGAAUGGCAAAAGUGAGUUGAAUCUGUUGAGUUCACUGAUCUGGAAACAGGAAAAGGAAGUUAUUUCUUCUUAAUGUUUGUGUUAUAAAUGUAUACUGUUUGACUCAGAGUAAUAACCUGUGGGUGGGGGGACUACUAAGAUCAGGGCCCUAUCAUUUUGGGGUCAUGAUGAGCUGGAAAAAUCACAUUGUUCUGUAAUUUGAUUUUUUUUGUCAGUCACUCUAAAUGCAUGUCUGUGCAUAUAAUCCAAAUUGCAAGUGACCCAUGUGGGCUUUUAUUGUUUAUUAUCAGCAUGAAUUGCUGUGUGUGUGUGUGUGUGUGUGUGUGUGUGUGGGGGGGGGGGGGGGGGGGGGUUGGAAAAAAGUUUUUUUUUGUAAUGCUCAAGUGGGCUUAGUGAUUUAUUAAAUAAAAUAUAAUGGUGUUUUCUGGGUCAGAAAGAGAAAUCUUACUGUUGUAUGUCUGGAGAGAAUUCAAUGCCUUUUGCGAUGUAGAUUACCUAGAUAUUGAUAACAGUAAUAAUAAACUUUAUUUAUAACAGUUUUCACAAAGUGCUUCACAGUCCUCAAUUAAAAAGGAUAAGAUAUUUUACUUUAUUUACGAUGAGACCUAAAAUCAGAGGGUGUGGGGGGCCCCCUAAACCUCUCAGCCCCCAGCCUACAGCAGGUUAAGGCAGCCCUGGACACGUGCAGCAGGGCGGUAGCAGCUGAGCUGUGUCCUGUACCACCAACUAAAUAUGACAUCUGAACACUAAACAUAUUUUUUGAUAUGACUAAUUCAUUAAACCUUCAGAAAAAUAGACUUCUGGGUCAAAGCAACAAGUGCUGGACUUAAAAAGGAAGGGUGAAUAUCCUUUAGAUAUCCUUAAUAUCCUUUAGGAAACAAACUGGUGAAAAACCUAAAGAGAGGGCAGUAGAACUCAUCGCUUUGGACCACGAGUCCAUUUCCAUUAUAGACAACAGAGCUCUUUGGGUCUUUUGGAUUCAUGGUAAGUCCCACCUUCCCAACACGACAUGUCAGACUUUGCGGGGCUGUCAGUAAAGCUGAGAUUAUUUAAAACGUGAUGUGACAGCUGUUAGUUUAUCAUAGGUAUUUAAGACUCUGACAUUUGUCACAUGUUCCUGCUGGGCCCCACUGCACACUUGACAGAGGAAUCCAUCUGCUGCAAAAUGUUUUCUUAUUGUGUCUUUCCUGUUCUCCUCCUGCAGGUUAUUCCGCCUAAAAGCUGGAAACCAAGACGAACGUAUGACGACAUCGAUAGCCUGGUUAUUCCUGCUCCAGUUCAGCAGGUGGUGUCAGGCCAAUCAGGACUUUUCACACAGUACAACAUCCAGAAGAAGCCAAUGACAGUCAGAGAGUUCCGCAAGACCUCCAACAUGGACCGGUCAGUUAAAUGGUCCAAUUAUGAGACAUAGUCAAGUGAUAGAAUGAAUUCACACUAUGACUGUUUGGUUAAACUCCCACAAUAAUUAAUGACAAUAGUUUCACAGGCUUUCACCUUUAGUUACACUCUCCUUGUUCUUGCAUUGGUUUUCACUGAUAUCAUUACAUUCUUUAGGUUCUGCAGUCCACAAUGUGAGGACUUUGAUGAGCUGGAGAGAAAGUUUUGGAAGAGCCUGACCUUCAACCCACCCUUGCAUGGGGCUGAUGUCAGAGGAACACUGUAUGAUCCCGUGAGUAGUAAUUGAGAUCUCUUUAUUCAAUUCAAACAGCUCUUUCAAUUUGAUUCCAAUAUCCUGGGUGUCUUUUCUAAGGCAGCACCUGGUCCUCUUGUAGUUCAAAGGAAGAGCUGAUUAUCCCUCAAUUUGAUUUAGAGCUUUAUAAAUAAUAAUAAUAAUAACUUCAUGUAUAAAGCACUUUUCAAAACAGAGUUACAAAGGGCUUCAAAAGACGGUAAUACUUUGAUAUCUGACAAACAAGCUAACCACCAUAUAGACCUAAUGGUCAGCCACAUAACCAGUGAGCAGGUGGUAAGGACAUACGUCAAAGACAAUUAUCAAUAUAUUUAAAAAAAACUAUUUUGACAAAAAUAUUGGCAAACAUUAAAAAAGGUAAACAUUAGAUAACAUGAAUCUUUAUUGUUCAUACUCUCCUAAGUAGUGAGAGUGGCAGUUGAUCCCACUCAUGUAUUAAUAAAUUGAUUGAUUGAUUAAUAAUAAUGCAUCAGAUUUUUAUAGUGCUUUAUCAGAGACCCUCAAAGCGCUUUACAUUAAGUAAAUCAGCUUUGACUGAGGCCGUAACAGCAGAUUUUUAAACCUAGAGUUGGAUAACCUAAAUGGCGCUGGUGUUGUAGUAGCAAAGUAUUCAUACUCAACCAUCCGUGUAUAUUUACAUCCUCUUCUGAUUUUUUUGUCCAGUUUACUGUUUGAUUUUUACAUGGGUUUAAUGUUAAAGACCUCAGCUGAAUCCUUUUCUUGCAGGACGUGACUGAGUGGAACAUUGGUCGUCUCAACACCAUUCUGGACACUGGCGAAAAUGAAAGUGGGAUCAAGGUCAGAGGAGUUAACACGCCGUACCUGUACUUUGGAAUGUGGAAAAGUGCCUUUGCAUGGCACACAGAGGACAUGGACCUUUACAGCAUCAACUACCUUCACUUUGGAGAGCCCAAGUCUUGGUACAGUUACUGUUACAUCCUCACAAUAGAAGACAGACAUACAGUAUAUCCCACAGUGUCUGAGCUGUUUUUGUUCUAACUGCUGUGUAGUGUAGGUCACUAAUUUACAAACUUCUUCAUCAGCUUAUGGUUAUCUAGUUUUCUUUGCUGCAACCCAUGUUGUAGUACUUGAGUCCAGAUCUUGAGUCCUUAUUUUUAGGCCUUACCUUUGUGACAUGUUACAUUAUUGCUGACGCAUUUUGGUCUGAAUACAUGAACCCCUCCUAGUGCUUCCUCAUCCUUGUAGGAAACUCUGUACCUGUGCAAACAAGGAAAGAUCAACAAAGAUGAAAAAGGUCAAAUGUUACCCCAAGCAAGUGAUACCCCAUGCUGACAUACUGCAAAAAUGACUGCACUGGUUACACCUGAUAAAUUCAUGUUUGUUACUCCUCAGGUACAUUGUCCCACCAGAGCACGGGAAAAGAUUGGAACGACUUGCCAAAGGUAUGUGCUGGUUUGUAAUAAAACCUCAUAUAAAUACACAUUUAUUAACAUUAGCAUUCAUCAUUGACACUGUCCAGACUAAAUUUGAACCUGAAGUGCCACAGGGAAGAAUUUCUAGGACAGAUUUUUCCAUUGUUUAUUUAGUAACAGUUAGCGUUUGCUAACCUGCCUUACCAAUUUCAGAUCUUUGUUUUUUGACUGUUGAAGACAGAUGAAGACACACACAUGUUCUUUAACUUGAUGUUUAAAAAACAAAUAAAGACUAUAACAGGGUUUAUGUUUCCAGGUGCAGUUGAACAGGUUGACAGAAUAUACUGUACAUACACAACCAGAAAUGGUUAGCUUUACUGUUUCGUUUCCUGUAUUUCAGGUUUCUUUCCUGGAAAUGCUCAGAGCUGUGAAGCCUUCCUGCGCCAUAAAUUGACUUUAAUUUCACCUUCAGUUCUGAAAAAAUAUGGCAUACCAUUUCAGAAGGUAUGCGGGCCUCAUAACAUUAUCCUGAAAGCAUGUCUGUGUUUAACAUCAUACACUGUGGAGUGACUCAAUGAUCACACAAUGAAUCAUCAAAAGAUAUGGAAAGGUCCAGGUGAAACGGUGUAACAGCUCUGUUGGUUUCCUGUUCUCAUGUUAAGGUGACUCAGGAGCCUGGGCAGUUCAUUGUGACCUUUCCCUUUGGCUAUCAUGCUGGUUUCAACCAUGGCUUCAACUGUGCUGAAUCAACAAACUUUGCCACACAGCGUUGGAUUGACUAUGGCAAGCGGGCUACACAGGUACAUGAACUGUCUCUGAACCUUGGGGCUGUCUGCUAAGUAGUCAUUUGAGUAGUCUUUUUAAUUACACAAGCAGAAGCUUGAGUAAUGAGCAGAGAGAGGGAGUGAAGAGACAGCAUCAAUAACAUGCUUUUGCUGCACUGAUGUUCUAUGCAUGAAUCUGUACAUAUUUACAACUUCAAGCUGACAUUAGAUGAUGACAGAUGAGCUCCAGUAUCCUGCAUUAUGAAGCAGUCUGUUCAGGGGAUAUUCAGGUACAUUCAGUGAGGUAGUCUGAGUCCAUGGUACUGGUAAGUAUUCCAGCCACAUCAGAGACACAUCAGCUCUGCCCCCUUAAUGAAAAACUGCUAUGAGAACAGGUGCUAAGGUACAGUUGUUCUCAUAAGUCUACAUACCCUGGCAGAAUCUAUGAUUAUUUGACCAUUUUUCAGAGAAUAUGACUGAUAACAUAAAACCUUUUUUUCCACUCAUGCUUAGUGGUUGGGUAAAACCAUUUAUUGUCAAACGACUGUGUUUUCUCUUUUUAAAAUAUUAUGACAACAAAAAUUACCCAAAUGACCCUGAUCAAAAGUUCACAUACCCUGGUGAUUUUGGCCUGAUAACAAGCACAGAAGUUGACACAAAUGGGUUUGAGUGGCUACUAAAGGUAACCAUCCUCACCUGUGAUCUGUGAUUCAUUUGCUUGUAAUCAGUGUGUGUGUAUAAAAGCUGAGUGAGUUUCUGGGAUCCAGACAGACUCUUGCAUCUUUCAUCCAGCAACUGAUGUUUCUGGAUUCUGAGUCAUGAGGAAAGCAAAAGAAUUGUCAAUGGAUCUACGGGAAAAGGUAGUUGAACUGUAUAAAACAGGAAAGGGAUACAAAAAGAUAUCCAAGGAAUUGCUAAUGCCAGUCAGCAGUGUUCAAACUGUGAUUAAGACAUGGAAAAUCCAGGGCUCUGUUAAAACCAAACCACAGUCAGGUAGACCAACAAAAAUUUCGUCCACAACUGCCAGGAAAAUUGAUCGGGGUGCAAAGAAAAACCCAUAAAUAACAUCUGCUGAAAUACAGGACUCUCUGAAAACUAGCUGUGUAGCUGUUUCAAGAUGCACAAUAAGGAGGCACUUGAACAAAAAUGGUCGCCAGAAGAAAGCCAUUAUUGUGCAACUGCCACAAAGUAUGUCGCCUACAAUACGCCAAACAGCACAGAGACAAGCCUUAAACUUCUGGAACAAGGUAAUUUGGAGUGAUGAGACCAAAAUUGAGCUUUUUGGCCACAACCAUAAAUGUUUCGUUUGGAGAGGUGUCAGCAAGGCCUAUAAUGAAAGGAACACCAUUCCUUCUGUAAAGCACGGAGGUGGAUCACUGAUGUUUUGGGGAUGUGUGAGCUACAAAGGCACAGGAAACUUGGUCAAAGUUGAAGGAAAGAUGAAUGCAGCACAUUAUCAGCAAAUACUGGAGGAAGAAUUGCACUCAUCAGCCUGGAGGCUGCGCAUGGGACGUACUUGGACGUUCCAACAUGACAAUGAUUCAAAACACAAGGCCAAGUCGAUCUGUCAUUGGCUACAGCAGAACAGAGUGAAGGUUCUAGAGUGGCCAUUUCAGUCUCCUGAUCUCAGUAUCAUUGAGCCACUCUGGGGGAGAUCUGAAGUGCGCAGUUCAUGCAGGACAGCCCAGGAAUUUAUAGGAACUGGAGGCUUUUUGUCAAGAAGAAUGGGUAGCUUUACCAUCUGAGAAAAUGAAGAGCCUCAUCCACAACUACCAUAACAGACUUCAAGCUGUCAUUGAUGUUAGAGGGGGCGGUACACGGUUUUAAGAACUGGGGUAUGUAAACUUUUGAUCAGGGUCAUUUGAGUGUCUUUUGUUAUCAUUAUGAUUUAAAAAUAGAAAACACAGUUGUUUAUCAAUAAAUGGCUUCACCCAUACACUGACCAUGAGUGGAAAAAGAGUUUUUGUGUUAUCAUUCAUUUCAUAUUCUCUGAAAAAAGGCCAAGAAAGCAAAAAUUGUGCUGGAGUAUGUAAACUUUUGAGCACAACUGUACAUAAUUCGUUAGAGUUUUCUUCAGAUGAGGUCAUGUCUGCUGUAUGAUGCAGUUAAAUCUAAGCCAGUCAGACCCAAAAACUCUCCUUGGUUCAGGUGUAUACUCUGCUGAAAGAUUUCAGCACUUUGCCACCAGGAAGCUCCUUUAUUCUUGCACUACUUGUUGACCCUACACAGAUGUGCUCCUCCACCUGCAGUGUAUUGAUGGUGCCAGUGAGCUGGAGUUUCUCAGAAAACAUGUCUCAGUGAACCUUAAGAAAGAGAGGAGAAUUUUCCACACUGGGUCAUUUUAGACUAAUAAAAUAGGUCAGUAGUUUGGUAAACCAGAUGUACCUUUCAAAGUAGACUGUAUGUCAUCUGGACUAACCAGACCAGGUUUACCCCCAAAAGAUUUCCAAGUACCUAGGCUGAUCUAGACCCUGGCCUCCAGUUCUUUGAGUAAACUACAUGUCUUAUAGUUACUGAGAUCUGUAAAGGAGGACAGGUGUAACUAAACAUCUGACACACUGAACAGCAGAGAGCAGGUGACAGAGAGACAGACAGAGAAGCCAUAGGUAUGAUGAGGAGCUGAGAAGCUAGUUGCUAACAGCUAAAGAGAGAAAAAUCAACACAGGUUAGAUAUCAGAGGGUGUUUGGUGAAUAUAAGACUACCAUAGGUACUACAGUGAGAGGAGUUCAGAAGAAAAGGAGAAGUUUUUUAAUAAAGACAAUCAACUUGAGAGAUAAUCAAGCUAGAACAGCUAGAAGCAACAGAACACAUAUUACCAGAGCUUGAUGGAGGUUUUGCAAUAUGCUCACAUGAUGCAUCGACAUAAACUUGGGUGUUCUUUUCUCAGUGCUCUUGUCGGCAGGACAUGGAAAAGAUCUCCAUGGAUGUGUUUGUGCACAAAUUUCAACCAGGGCGUUACAAACUAUGGAAAGCAGGGAAAGACGACAGUCCCAUCGACCACUCCAAACCUACAGUGGAGGCUGCUCAUUUCCUGGAAGACGAGACGGGGAGUCCAAAACCUAAUCCUGGUGAAAAUGGAUCAAAGGAGUCAAAUACACCUGUCCAGGAGGAAGAAAGGUCUUCUUUUAAUUUCACUACUAGAACAACCUUUAAGACUUUCUGCAUUAACUGUACUGGGAAUCUGACCCAUGAUUAAUCCUUAGAAAAAUAAUCACCUAUUAAAUGACAAACGUUCAAACAAAUUUGAAUCAUUAGAGACUUUUGAGUCUGAGAUGAUUUAGAAGAAAAUCCUGAUCCACCAUGAAGGUACAUUACACAUAACUUCUUCACCUUAUUUUGAGUCAGGUACAGUUUCUGCUGAGUUGAAUUUUUUUUCAAGCACAUUUCACUCUGAAGUUAAUCUUUAAAUGAACAUAUAAAACAAAUAACUGACAUCUUCAAGGUUAAGUGUUAGAGGUUUGUGAGAAUGGUGAUGCAGUAUAGCCAAGUCAUGAACAGUGUUAAACAUUUUUCAGAGAUAUCCUUCACACAAGUCUGCUUCACUUGAAUUUGUGGUUUAAAGUGUUCCCUUUAAAUACUGCCUGACCAGUAAUGUCUCACAUGCAUCAGUCCUCACAAACAUCAGCUUGAAGCUCUGGAAGCCCCGGAGGACUUAAAGCCAGUGCUAACAGUGGAGGAAUCAAUAAUUGUAGAGCCAAAGAUGAUGGAGGCGACUGUUGAGGGCUCUCUGGUCAAAAUCAAGGAUGACCCAGAUAAAGGUAACACACAGUGUGAAAAAAUCAUAUAUUUUUUGGGUUAGUACUAACAGUAAAACCUUUUAGAACUUGGGAGCUAUGACCAUAACUUUAGAAGACCGUAAGAAUGAACAGAAACUUGAUAUUGGUGAAAUUUCUUUGAAAGAUAAUGAAACUACUGCUUGUGUGUAUUAAAUAAAAAUUACACUGCUGGUCUAGCAGUCAAUUACAGAAAUUAAGCCUCAAGCAUAGUAGGUGUUAAUAGCUGUCAUAGUAGCUUGAAGUAGGUGUUCUCAUUUAGACUACCUUAUGUGGCUCCAGGAAGUCAGUGUGAAGAACUAAUGUGGCAGGUUUAGUGCUACAUUUUUAGAAAAGCUACUUUUUCUAGUUGAACCAGAGCACAUGAAGGCAUACUUUGGGACAAUCAAGUGAAACUGGCUGUUGGUGUAUUAUUCUAGUGAAAGAGACUUACCAAGCUAUCUCUUAAAGGGAUAUUCCGGUGCAAAUUUAAGUUAUGGUCAAACACACUUUAACAUCGAGUUAGACACCCCCUCGAGAGAUGAAUGUUGCAGACUGCUUGCUUCUCUAGUUAUACCAACUUAAACAACGACCGCGCGAUAGCCACUCUAUAGCCACAAAUAAUGCUCAGAACAGCACGAACUUCAUCAACAGUACAUAUAGGGUCCCAGCCAUAGCACUAGCCACCAAACAUCUUUUUAGCUUUGCCUGAUUUCUUUAACAAAGAGACUAAACACAACUCACCCACUCUCUUCCAGCAGCCGCUUGUUUGUGGGGGAGCCCUGACGAGUCAAUCACUGAAUGCAGCAGAUCAUUUCCUUGAAGUAAUAAUCACCAUAUUAAUCAUUUUGCACUGCAGACACGGUAGUUCUUCUGCCUUAGUGUCUCGGUCUGAUCGCAUUUCCAUGAAGUAAAAAUCAUAAAUGUUCCUCCUUGAGCUGCAAAACUCUGCUGCACUCGGCGAUCAACUUGUCAGGGCUCCCCCACAAACAAGUGGCUGCUGGAGGAGAGUGGAUAACUUGUGUUUGAUCCCUUUGCUAAAGAAACCAGGCAAAGCUAAAAAGAUGUUUGGUGGCUAGUACUAUGGCUGGGGCCCUAUAUGUACUGUUGAUGAAGUUAGGUGCUGUUCUUAGCAUUAUUUGUGGCUAUAGAGUGGCUUUUUGGUUGAUGUUUGUGUGGGGUUCCAUAGAUCAUUGUGUAUUGCUAUCGUGCGGUUGUUACUAAAGUUGGUAUAACUAGAGAAGCAAGUGGUCGGCAACAUUCAUCUCUCGAGGGGGUGUUCUAACUCGGUGGUUACGGUGUGUUUGACCAUAACUUAAUUUUACGCCGGAAUAUCCCUUUAAGUCAUCAUCCUGCAAUUGGCUUUAGACGAUCCAGUAACAUCAACACUUAACAUGGUGUAUAUCAUCGUUGUUCUUUUCUUUCAGACACAGUAACAGUCAAGAGGAAGCUGAAGCUGAAGCUGGACAAAGACAAGAGGCUGCAGAAUAUAUCUAACCUCAGAGUCAGCACAAAAAAAAGCUUCAAUAGACGAAGUUCUCCAAAUAAAGAGAAGAACAGCACGUCAACUGUUGAUGCCUCUGAGGAACCAGUGUUUGCUCAGUGCUCUGAGAAGGCAAACAUUAGCGAGGAGCUCAAGCUCAGCACCAGUUGCAGCAAGGCACGAAACUUGUUUCAGAGGACUAUGAGUCCUGCAGAUGUCCUUCACGUUCACAGCUACGCCAAAGGAGACUACGGAGAGGGAGAGGCCCCAACUAAAGAAGAGAGGGAGAAUGAGGGCAGUGAUUGUGAGAUGGAGAGAGAACACAAACAUAUUUGCAAAACUGUGAGUGAACAUACAGGUGGUUGCAUUUGAUGUGUAGCUGCAGAUGUUCAAUGGUCCUAAACAGUGGUGUUUUCAGAAGCCUUGCAGGACUUAGGAGAGUUUUCUUAGAGCAGCUUUUACACAAACACAGUGACAUCCAAGUGUCAAAUUAAUUCUAUAAUCAAGUGAAUCUAAAAAAAACAGAGGACAUUAACAAAAACAAGAACAAAAUCGAUGACCAAUUAAAGGAUCAGUCUGCUGGAAAGGGAAAACCUCAGCUGUAUUCAGUCUUCAGAUUGAGAGUGGACUCGUGAUCAACAUUGUCAGUAGGGCCAUGGGAAAAACACACCGAGUCACUAUUGUUAUCCUGUGGAUUUUUUCUUAUUCCUCUUCCUGACAAAUUUCGAUUCCCUAUUAGUCCUCCAGUCCUACAAGAGGUCAAAACUUGCAGUUUGAUCAGGAUUAAUAUGCUGUUUUUUUCUCUAUAUUAUACAGAUUUUUUUUGCAUUUUUCUCUGUUUUAUAAAUUAAUAUUUGAAAAAGGAAUGUUUGUAGUAGGUGUGCCCCUUGUAUAAAAUAUCACAAUGCUAUUUGAAAUCUCUAAAGACUCUCAUCAUAAUAUUCACACCCCAGCAGUAGAUCCCAUGGCCCUAUCAAAAUUUCCCAGAGGGAGUUUUCUAGUUAUACUUAAUAUAAUAAAAAGAAGAGAGAAACAUUUGUAGAAACAGUCAAAUAAUGCCACUUUGAAAAGUGGUGAUAGUCUCACUGAAAAGUUGAUAGUAAGAGGCCAACAGCCUGGAUACUGAUAAUGAGACGUACUGUAUCUCCUUCAGCUGGCAGAAGAGGGAGGAGGAGAUGGAGAACUGAAACCAGACCUUUGGCAGCUGCCAGGCCACCACCCUCUUAUAAAGGAUGGCAUGAGUGAUGAAGGUCUGUCCUAUCAACUCGAACUUUUUUGAGUGGGUUGCUUCACCAUUAGGAUUAGCUGUUAAAUAUAAAUGUUAAAAUAAGUAGAAAUAUGUAUCCCCCAUUGGUGUCUGACCAUUUAUGACCAUUGCUCUUGUUUGUUUCAGAGGCUCCACAAGAGGCCUUACCAGUUGAGGAGGGGGGCUUAGAAGGGGAAAGCUGGGCAAAACCUCUGGCUUAUUUGUGGCAAAGCGGACCCCCCAACUUGAAGAAAGAAAAGGAGUACAACCAGUGCAUGGGCUCCAAACCCCCGUACUGUUCUAUUUGCAUGCUGUUCUACACGUACCAGCAGGUAAUAUGCAUCAAUGCUAUUCUUCAGUCAUAACCAGUUAACUCUGUAUGUAUGCACACUUACCCCUUUCAUGUAGGGUAUAAAGUCUGCAUUUGAUUUAUAGCUAUGAUUUUACAAAACCAAGGGUGAACCAGGUUUUUAAAUAAAACUUGCUCUCAUCCUCUAUCCACUGAAAUAACCAGCUGGGUGGAAAGGAAAAGUCACAAUUAAUAAAAGCUAAAGGAAAGCAGUACAGAACACUUUACUUUGUGUAACUGCGCAACAUGUACAUGUGGAAGGUUGAGCUGCUAGAGGCAUGAUUAUUACUAUUCAUGUCAUUCCUGAGGGAGCUACUGUAUUUAUGAUUAUGGGUGAAAAUUCCGAUGAUAUAACAGAAAUAGAAUAAAGAUGGUUUCUCGUAGUGAUUAAUCUUAGUGAUCCAGCGUUAAUAGCUGUUGUUUUAAAUCUAAAAUAUCUCACUGCCUUGUUUUUAACAUAGGCUUGAUUUUUAUUGAGCCUUACAUAUUUGGAAAGGUCUAUAUAUAGCUCUGGUUAUAUACCUACAUUUGAAAGUUGCCCAUAAUAAAAAAAAGAGUCAUAGUAAUUAAAAUGUAUUUAUUUAAUAAUAAUUUUGUGUAGUAAAAAGAGAGAAAAUCUGCUAAAAUACGAACACACCUUCCAUAGUAUUUAAGGAUCACUCUGGUCCCACAGUUAAUGUUCUGUUUGUAUUUCACCUGGGGUUGACACUCAAACCCACGCACGGUGAUGUGGGACCAUAGACUGUAUUUAGAAUUGACGUCGUCUGCCUCCUCACUGGGACAAGCCUCUGUGAGAAGAGCACCCCCUGGUGACUGGUUGCAGUAUAGGUCAUAAAUCCGGCCUCCUCCAGCAAAAUGAAUGGAGCUGUGGACAAACUUUAAAAAUUAAUUACACAGAAUAUACACUUUUCUCCCCCCUGGUUGUGAUGUUGACAUGUAGUUACUGUAAGACUGGUUUGUGCUCAAGUCCUCUUUUUUUCUGUACAGCUCCAUUUUUAAAAGUUAUUGGGGGGUUCAUGUUUUCUGUGUGUAGAAUUCAGAAUGGAAUAUUACUUAUUUUAACUCAGUAUUUUUUUUUGCUGUCUUUCAGACUGAAUGUGCGAACAAUCUAGACAGUCCUGUAAUGGUGGCUGGUGGGCACAUGCGGACAAAGCCGUUGAUCCCGGAGACAUGUUUCACCACCACAACAGAAGAGGACUCUGACUGUGAGGACCAACAGCUCACACCUCAUCUGGAGGAAGAUGGAACCAGCCUUCUCAUCAGCUGCUCUCAGUGCAACGUUAGGGUCCAUACCAGUGAGUACACAUUCUUUGAACUCGGAUUGUUUUCUCUGAAUAUCAUGAUUAGUGUUUUCCAGCCAAACUCUUUCAGCCUUACCUGCCUCGUUUCCUCCCUUUAUUUCACUGUGUUCCUUUGGACUUAACUGUCUUACUUUACUUCAUACUUUUCUGUAAACAAAACCUUGGACCAUCAAGGCAAAAACUAACGGACUUGAAAACAGCUUUGACUCCGAAGCUGUUACUGCGCUAAAACUGCCCAAACCUGAACACUUUCAUUCAGAAAUGACUCCAUACCUUGUGAAUUAUACUACUUGUUGGUGCAAUAUCUUGAGAUGCAACACAGUUUUUUUGUUGCAUCUCGGUGGCUGCAAUGGAAUUGAGGAUUUAAUAUGUACAAACCAGUAUCAACCUGAUAACGAAGAUUUGAACCAAUGUCAUGUGUAUGAUAGAAAUAAAUUGUCUAGCUGCCCAGUUUGUUGUGGCCCAUUGUGCCAAAUGCAGCAGGAUGUCUCAGUACAGUGCUACUGUCAUUUUAAAUACCCUAAAAAGACUACUAAGAUCUUCACUGUGACACAAGUGUUUCUUUGUGAUUGUGUAUUUCAGGCUGCUAUGGUGUAAAUCCAGCUAGUGUGAGUGAAGAGUGGAAAUGUGCACGCUGCAGGGCCAAUGCCAUGACUGAGGUCAGUGUACUCUAAUAGUUAGAAUUACUCUGUGUGGUGUAUGUUUUUGUCUGCAGGACUGAAGCGGUGAACAAAGUGGAGAUCAGCAUUCAGACCGCCUAAGAUCCCACUUUGCUUUUUUUUUUUACCUGCUUCAUUCAUUUCAUCAGUUUAACACUGGCUUACAGUGUGUUUUUUCCAGUGUACUUCUCUUUUUCCACCUUCUCCUCUGUCUGUUUCUCCUCUCUCCCCAAUAAUAUUUUUGUGCGUUAAUUUAAAUUGAAGAGGUUUUUUUUUUUUAGCAAUCUUUUUUCAAGAAAGCAAGAGAGUACAGAACCCCUGAAGGGACAUGAAAUUUAAAAAAAAAAAUAAAAUUCUUGAGAUUUUUUGCGUACCCUCGCAAAACUAUUGCGAGAUCUUGCAAAUGUUGUCUCACGAGUUAUUUAUUAAUCAGUGUAUUACUUCCGGGUCAAUUCAACAAAAAUAUUGGAAGGUACGCAGCCAAGGGAGAGGUUCAUUGAAUUUUAUUUCCAACUAAUUUUCUGCCCUCCUUGUCCCUUGGCAUGCACAUAAUGUCCUCAUUUGGGACGUCCCUUGACUGUAGGAAUUUCAAAUCAGGUUUAAAAAAAAACAGUACCUGCAUCGCAGAACUGAUUUAAUGUCUUUUUAUCUGAGGCCAAUCUCAAAAAAGAUGCAAUGAACCUAUCCCGCAGUUGUGUGCGUUCCAUCGUCUGGGUUGGGUUGACAUGGAAGAAAUACACUGAUCUUUAAUCUUAUUACUUAUAACCAUUUGAAAACAUUACAAGAGCUUGCAAAAGGUCUUGAGAAAAUCCUUUUUAUUCUUUUUCCUUCGUGUCCCCUUAGGGGCUCCAUAAGAAGAAUUAUUGAUUAUCUCAGCAACAUUUACAUUUUGUGCUUUAUCAGAUGCCCUCUGGUGCAGAUAAGGUUGCUGGCAAAAUAGAUAUACCCUAACCCCCUCAGCUGUAAUCAUAAUCCAAACAUAAUCUAGUGUAGAUAGUAAUUUCACUCACAGACUGAUGGAAUAAAAACAGAUUUUGAUUCAGAGUUCAGAAUUAGGAGAUCCUGUCUGAUAAUAAACUGUGGCAGUCUUUGGAGAUUUUUACUGUCUCAAGUGUGCAGCUGUGAUGGGUAAAGUCUAUUUUCUUUUAAGAGGAACUACAACUGUGUUAACGACUAUUUUACUUGAUUAACAGCAGAAAUGUAGUAACAUUGCCUUCACUUUACCUUUGGUCAGAACUGCUGUCUGUGUUUGCUGAGAGGCGGAGCUCUGCAGAAAGCAAACAACAACAAGUAAGUCACCACAUACAUGUGACUGUUUUUAUUUGUAAUAGGGUUUUAUUCUCAAACAAGUCUUUAUUCCUACUGCUUCAAGUGUUCUGCUGCUUAAGAUUUUUUUUUUUUUAAUUUUUAAGGAUGGCAGAAACUGAAGUGUGCAUGUGAAUGUACUGAGUGGUGUUCAUGGUCCCACAAAUGUAGUAUUUCCUAACACAAAUGCACUAAUGAAAAUGAAAAAUUAUUAUCUGACCAAUCAGAGUUUCAUGAUUGUUUUGGACAUGUAAACUCAUUUGGAGUCUUAGCUGCAUUUCUAUCAGGUUCCCACAGAAAGCUUAUCAGCUUUAGUUUAGCAGGAAGGUGACAGUGAUGUUGUCUUUGUGCAGUUCAUGAUUGUCAUUACAGUAUUAAUAAGUAGCAUCAAUGUUAAUGUCCUAAUGAUAAAACUUAAGUGACUCUCAGUCUAGGAAGGACCUCUUAAUUUGUCAAAUUACACAAUUUUCAGGUUUGUUAAUUUUUCAACACUUAAAACUUCUGUUGUUAUAGAAUAGAAAUGAUACACUCUUCAGAGCCAUCAAUCACACAGCCUCUAAAUAUUUAUGUCUUGGCUUACUAUAUUCAAAAGUGAAUAAGAAUGAGGCCCAAGUGCAGUUGAUCAAUAAAAUAUUGAAUUAAUUACUCAAACUUCAUAUAGUACUUUAUAUUUGGAGGUCAUAAUCAAGGCAGCCCAAGUUCAACUCUGACCUGUGGCUUCUUUCCUGCGUGUUAUUCCCCACUCUCCCUCUGCCACUUACUUGAUCCAGUCCAGUCCUUUCAAGAAGAUAAAAACCAAAAUAGUAAAAAAAAAAACUUCAAAUCUUAAUGCAGAGAAGGUGUGAGGGAGAGACAGGAAAAGAAGGUGUGUGCUGUUGAGAUUUAAAACAGUCUAGAAAGUGGAGAGGGAGGUCAGCCCACUGUUCAUCAGCGUGUCUGGGUUCAUGUCUUCCUCUCACCUUUACGUGUUGCAGGUGGGUACAUGUGCUGUGUGCCAUAGCUGUGUUGGAGGCACGCUUUAUCAACAUCAGUGAAAGAAGUCCUGUGGAUCUAAGUGGAAUCCCUUUGCAGAGAUUUAAACUGGUGAGUUAGAGCUGAUAAAGGAUCACAACUUGGAUUGAAUUUGACUUGUUACUGAUGAUGACAUGACUGGUGGGAGUGACGGUCAGUGUUGGCUAAGAAGUGAGUUUGCGUAAGAAAUGUUAACUUGCUGAUUUUGAAAUUGCAUCAAUAUUUGGUGGACCUUUUUUAUUUAGUUGAUUUGAGUGUCAGACUCAAGACAACUAGCACUGAUGCAGACUCUUGUUUCCCUAAUGUUCACUUUGACUUUUCAUAUGUGGGAGCUGCUCUGAGCACUAACAAGAAGAGGUGGAAGCAGUAAAGUAAAGUUCAGGUUACUGCGUUAAAAAUCUCAAUGGUCCCUCUUAGGUCAAAAUACACCUGAUUUCUUCAGAUGGAUCCAUAAAGACAGUAAAAAAAGUGUGAUGGAUUAAAUGUAUGUGACAAAUAGGUGCAGAGUUAUCAGAGCAAGCUUUUAAAGCCUACUUGUUUGCAUGGGUGUGUUAGUGAAGGCUAAAAUUAGUAUCCUGUAGUAAAGUAAUGUCAAGUAUAACUGUGGUCCUCGGUCGGGCUUCAUCUCAAAGGACUGAAGUGUUGACAAAUUUCUUUAAAAACCUUACUUCGGAUUGAUGGAGUCUUUUUCAGAGCCUCCUCUGUUUCCUGAGCCCCUCUGUCCAUCUUUUCAUCUCUAACAGAAAUGUUACUUCUGUAAGAAGAGGAUGAAGAAAGCAUCUGGCUGCUGUGUACAGUGCUCUCAUGGCCGCUGUCCGACUGCCUACCAUCCCACCUGUGCCCAGGCUGCUCGAGUUCUCAUGCAGCCAGGUGAAUGGCCCUUUGUGGUCCAUGUUACCUGCUGUAGACACAAAGGCCCCAUUCCAAUUGAAGUAAGGUGCCAGUGAGGAUCUCUGAACCUCUUUUUAAAGGACUUGCUGUGAACUAGAGUUGCCAUAUUUAUAGUUUUUAAUCCCUUCAUAAUUAUGUAAGAGUUUAGCAUAUAUUACUGUAGAUGUAAGGGGAUACAAAAUAAGAUUAUCAUCAGAUCAGAAACAUAUACUGUUCUUUAUCUUCUCAGCGCAAUAAAGCAGCCAUGCAUGAGCUGACUGUGGGACAGAAGGUGAUAUGCAAGCACAAGAAUGGUCGCUACUACCAGUGUGAUGUAGUGCAACUGUCCAAAGACACAUUCUACGAAGUCAACUUCGAUGAUGGUUCCUUCAGUGACAAUCUCUUCCCCGAGGACAUUGUGGUACAGAUCAUUUAUUUUUAUCGAGUUUUGUCAUUGAAAACAAAAGUCAUACAUCUUUCAUUUAUAGAACUGUAACCCUGUUUUCAUCUAAUUUUGACUGAUGUUAACAUGUUAACAGACAGUCUAUUUCUUUUAAGGUGGCCCGAGCAGUGUCACUCACAGCUGAAGUACUGAGUUUUAUUAUAAAGCUACAUCCAGAGGUGCUCACUCCUAGCAACAGUUAAGAUCCUGUGCAGAACAGAUGGGUGUCUUCCAUUGGAAAGACACCCAUCUGUAGAGAGUAGAUAACAAUAUUGAGGAGAUCCAAAAUAAAAGAAUGAUAAAUGUUUUGAGAAGAGAUGUUAGGGUCGGGUCUAAAAGGCAAGUUGCCAGUUUUAAGUGGGAAGUAACUUUGUCAAGUAUUUCAGCAUCAACCAGGACAAACUUCUCUUGUGUUUCCUCAUUUAAAAACACAGACUUUACACUGUUACAAAUGUUAGGCUGAGUGUGAAAGAAAUAAGCUCUGUUAAAAAAUUAGUUUACUACUGAAGUAGACUGCAAAAUCCUCAAAUGAUGAGUCUGUGCACAAAUCAGAAGGUGAAUUAAAAACAGGAUUUAGUAUGCGGUUAAUUGUUGACAAGAAAAAAGUUGGAUUGUUUGGAUUUUCAGUUAUUAAUUAUGAAAAAGAUUUUUUUUUUUUUUUGCUUGUUUGUUUGCCCUAUCAUAAAUAUACAAUUGUCCAGUUGUGAAACUGGGCUUAAAACCAUCACUGAAGACCAGGUCCAGGUGGGGUCAUUUUAAGACAUCAUUUAAGCCAAUUUUUAGAAAGUCUGACACAAGCAUUAAUGGCUCUAUUAGUUUGCAUUAAAACCUAUUUUAUAGUGAGGUUGGAGUUUAUUGUGGACACCAGGAAACCUUUUUUUAAACAAGAGAGGGAGAAAAGGGGACAAACUUCAAUGCUAGCUGGAGAGUGGCAGAGAUCCCAAGUAACCUGGUGGUGUUUAAACUUGAAGCUCAUGCUCACAAACAUGAAUGGAGCUUUGUAAAAACUAAAUAUACUUAUACAGUCACAUACACUCUAUCUCAAAGCUUCCUCCCUUGUUGAACUUUCUGAAAUGUUAAAACUGGAAAAUCAAGCGAGUAUAAGUUUGUGUGAAAGUCAGAAUUUGGCUUUCACUGUUUCAUUGAAGCAUGAUGGCACCGCCUAUGGUUUGCAGAAUAUCCACAUAUCCUUUGCUAGCUGUGGAAGUCUGAACUGAUAUGAAAAGCCUUUAGCUGACUGUGUCAGCUUGAUCAAAUUCACAUGCAUCAGCAUAUGAAACAAAAGCCAAGUGGACUUGUAUAUCAUAGACCUAAACAGCUAAUCAGUGCCCUUCAGCAGAGACAUAUGUUUGUGUUGUGUACAUGAGUAUUGCUAAAACAAACAGGCUUUCUGAUGGCAAAGUGAAGUACGGAAUAGGCUUUUAAUAUAAAGUACAUGUACGCUGACAUGUUUGUAUUGGAAUUUCCAAAAUUGAGUGAAAUUAUGUGGUAAAAAUUACCUUGUAGUGUUGAUGGCUCAGCCUCUGUGCUAUUUCUCUGUCUUAUUUCUCCCCAAAGAGGUCACGCUGACCAAUAUUACCAAAUGUACUGUUCAUGCAGUCAGAUCCACGAGAUAAUUAAUGACUUAAUAUGACCCAAAGUUUUCUUCGCUUUCUUCCUCCUGUUUCAGGUGUCAUACCUCUCAACUUCAUCACGUGUUAGACAUCAGAAUCAGCUCUUGAAAAAUACAAAAAUCAAUUAAAGGAAAGUAGAAGUAUGAGUGAAAUCAGGACAAAUGAGAAAUUAGAACAGUUAGUACAAAGAUAGACAUGAGGUCAGGGCAGCUGUGGCUCAGCUUGUGGUAGAGGCAGUCAUCUCCACAUUGGACAGUCAGGGGUGCCAUCCCCGGUCCCACUGUCCACAUGCUGAAGUGUCCUUGAGCAAGACACUCAACCCCACCUGUCACCACUGGCUGGUGUGUGAAUAGGAUCAGUGUAUUAAACACAGUUUUUCUUUGACAUGAAGGGAAGAGCUGUUGUUGUGAAUAUCCAUCCAGUUUUCCGUUCCUCAUGUCAGGGUGCAAUAAUUCUAUUGAUUUUUCUCUAUGUGUGUGUGCUUGUGCAUGUGUGUGUGUUGGUUUUAGAGUCGAGACUGUUGUCAGCUUGGACCCCCUCCGCAGGGUGAAGUGGUUCAAGUGAGAUGGACUGAUGGUCUGGUGUAUGGAGCCAAAUUUGUGGCAGCUCAUGCGAUCCACAUGUACUUAGUAAGAGUUCUUUAUCUGUCAGAGUCUCCACUGAUUAUAAAUACUGACCACUGGAAGGACUCAAGCUCAACUGAACUGCAGCAUCUAAGUUGUUUUGAAUUUCUGAAAUGUAGGUGGAGUUUGAGGACGGCUCACAGCUUACAGCAAAGAGAGAUGAUGUUUACACAUUAGAUGAGGAACUCCCCAAGAGGGUCAAAUCCAGAUUGGUAAGUACAACCCAACAAUUGGAUGUGUUAAUUCUUCAAUAGACACCAAGUUUGAAGGUUGAUGUAUAAUUUGCAAAUGACAGAAAUGUUACAGUGUUGAUAUUUGUAUUUGUAGUCCAAAGCCUCAGACAUGAGAUUUGAUGGAAUCUUUGAAGAGAAGGAGAUCAUCAAAGCUUCAAAGAGACAGCGAGUGAUCAACUCCCGCUACAGAGGGGACUACAUCGAGCCUGUGAUCUACAGAGCUAUUAUGGAAUAGCCCUCACUUCCUGCCUACCACUCAGCACCAGCACUGACUGACUGGACUGUGAUUCAAGGAUCUUUCCUGAACUGACUUUUUUUUAUAGCCUGGUGUCUGAACUUUAUUAAAGUGGACUAUGUUUGACUCCCUGGACUGCACUUAUGUAAAAAGAGGCCAUUUUGUUUUCAAUAGGGCUCAACACCCACAGACAUACAGCUGUGACGCUUCAAUAACAGACAUAACUAGACUGAAAUUACAAUGUGGACACAUUAGUAGUAUUAAAUAGCAACAAACAGUGUAUCAUCUAAGAAUGAGGAGGCUGCCAACUUUCAUGUUUAGAUACUUCAAAGUCCAUUUUAUAGAAUUUGUAAAUGAGUGAAUUGUUUAAUUGUGAAAUAUUAAAAACACCCCUUUAUUUCA